UGCAUUUGCUUUGACACAAACAGAAAGACUGAGAACGUAGAUAAACAAAGAGCUAGGUUUAACUAUAGAGUCAGAUUUUUAUUUAUCAAGGAAAUAAAUAGCGCGUUUUUGAUGCUUUUUUGUCUGAAGUGGCACUUCUAUCCUUUGUGGACUUUUACCCUCACACCAUCACCAUGGUAAAUCAGUGUGCGGCCCGCGUGGUGCUCAUGUUUGUUGGGUUGUUUGUCUUUUUAGCCGCACUCACUGUCAACUCUCUAUCAGGAUUCGGUGCUAAAUCAGGGGUUUUCAAGCAGAGCACAGAGGAUGUGAUACUCAAGUAUACAACACCCAUAACUCCAUCUCAGUGGGCUUUCUUUGUCUGGGAUUUCAUUUAUUUUUGGGUUUUGGCCAUGUUUAUAUACUUCUUAGUGGGACUCUGCAGAAGGAAUGCUUAUGACUGGAUGUACACCACACCUGCAGUGCUACCCUAUGGGUUUCAUGUCUCUAUCAUCACCAAUAUCUGCCUGAACAUUACAUGGUUGUUUCUGUUUGACAGAGAGUUGAUGCUGCCAGUGCUGAUAAUCUCGCUACUAAUGACGCUCACCGACUACACGAUCCUGUUUUUCUCCUGUCAUGGACUAAAAAUCUAUGGAGCCUGGUUGAACAAAUAUCACACCGUAGAUCUGUGGCUCUUCAGAAUAUUGGUGCAAAAUGGAAUAGCAGUAUACGCAACAUGGGGGACUCUCUCCACUCUCCUGAACCUGACGAUAUAUUUGCAGUAUCAGACAGAAACGUCUCGAUGUGACUGUGCAAUGCUGUCACUGCUGCUGCUUCUGAUGGAGCUGUUAGCCUGGUUUCUGUUAGAGAACUUCUACCUCGAUGAGCAUGUGCGUUACAUUGUGACCAUCUACCCCGUGGUAAUCCUGUGGUUGACAGGCACCCUGAGCAAUUCUGACUCUCCUAUAAGUGACAUUUAUAUAUUUGCAGCUGUGAUCCUGGCUUUUUCCUGCAUCCUGUUCAUUGCACGCAUUGCCCUCGUCACAUGGAAGCAUCAUAAACGACCGCUUUACAAAGACAGUGGGCCCAGUAGGUCACCAGUGGAAAUGGCUUUGACACAAAGAAAAAUAUUUCUUUGACUAUGAGCUUAGAGUGAGUGAAUGUAUAACAAUAAAUAAUUUGUGUGUAAAUACUAAAUUUUUUGUAAAGAAUUUAAUACAUGAAUGGAAAAAAGGAAGUCAUUAAUAUUUUUAAUGAUUUAAUAAUAUUUAGGAAUGUUUGAAUUUUAUGUUUUAACAGUGAAAAGAAACAUCAAUACAUUUAAUAAAUGAUAAUAUUGUGUUGUGCAAUUUUUCUUUGUCUUUUUUGAAUAUAUAUAUUCAAUAUAUUGAUUUAUUUAGUAUUCUACUUUAAUGUAUGUAGCCUACAGUGUACCCAAUUUUGAACUGAAAUGACUGAAUGUAAUUCCUUUUUUUAAUCUUUCUUCUUUAUGUUCUUUUUUUCUGUUUAAAUUUCAUAUAAACAUAAGCUUUGUAUUUUAAAAUGUAAAUUGAUGAAAUUGUAUGUUUUAUAUGUAAUGUAGUGUAAUAUAUUGUAUGUAAGGUGUGGACCCCAGGAAGACUAGCUGAUUGCCAAGGCAUUCAGCUAAUGGGGAUCCUUAAAAUAAAUAAAUAAACAGAAGGAUUUCAAAACUGAAAUGAAUAAUUGUAAAGCCAAAUAACAAUGAACAUGGAAAUAAUAUUUUAAAAAAAUAUACAAAAGCAAAUGUAAGGUUGAAGUAAAUUAUAAAUAUGAGAGAAAAAUAACCGUCAGGCAUAUCUUUGCAUAAUAGUUGUCCUCUUGUUUAAUAAACAUGCUCUAUUAAAACAGUACACAUUUAGGUAAAUGAACAUUUGGCUGCAAAAGGAAAAAAGUUCCAGAAAGAAGCAAUUUAAUCAAGGGCUGAAAAAACUGUCAAAAUUCAAAGAUGUUGAAAAAACAAUAAAUCCUCACAUUUUAGCAGCUGGCAUCUUUCUUAAUAAAUGAGUUUAACAAACAAA